GUUAGCUCCAGUAUCUAAACUUGGAACACGUAUAUUUUUACUCCCACAGAAUCUAUAUAUAAGAGAAUAGUCCCACCUUCUUUUGUCUGGUUUGUCUCACUGUUGAGGGGAUACAGAGAUCAAGAUGUCCCCAAAGAAAGCCAAGAAGAAGUUGGAGGGAAGUUCCAAUGUCUUCUCAAUGUUUGACCAAACGCAGAUCCAAGAGUUCAAAGAGGCUUUCACUAUCAUGGAUCAGAACAGAGACGGUUUCAUCAAUAAAGAGGAUCUGAGAGACACCUUUGCAGCUCUGGGCCGCGCCGCGAAAAGUGAAGAGUUGGACGCGAUGUUGAGUGAGGCCCCGGGAGCAAUAAACUUCACAGUCUUUCUGACCAUGUUCGGUGAGAAACUGAAAGGUGCUGACCCUGAAGAAACAAUUCUAAAUGCUUUCAAGAUUUUUGACCCAGACGCCAAGGGACAUAUCAAAGCAGACUACAUCAAGACUAUGCUGAUGACCCAAGCUGACAGAUUUAAUGAAGAAGAGUGCGAGCAGAUGUUUUCUGCCUUCCCUCCUGAUGUUUCUGGUAAUCUCGACUAUAAAAACCUGUGCUACGUUAUCACACACGGUGAAGAGAAGGAUCAGGAAUGACGAAACUCACCCUCAGGAUGAAGGUUACCAUUGAGUGUGAUGUGAUUCUUCCUGCCUGGUGAUGGGAAUGAUCAGGAGUGAUGCAGUUCACAUGUAACUUGUGGAAUCACUGCCAACGUCUUCACAAACCUUCAAACAUUAACUUCCAACAUCCUGAUGUUAACAUACUGUUCUGAUUAUGUAAAAUAUUUGUUGCAAUAGAAUUAUACCCUGAUCAGAACUUUGACUCAGCUGUAAAUAAAUGUUCUUCAUGAGCAUCA